AGUCCGCAGUUUAUGAAUAACAAGUUAUUCAUAAUGGCCGUCUCAGGUUUCAUUUUCACGAGUCGCCUUUUCUUAGCAGUAAAUAUUGUGGCAUUUUUAUGCUCUCUUACUGAAGAGCAAUUCUGUUAUAAACCAACUGCGUCCAACAUGAACACAGAAAAGCGUUCUGAAUAUAUUUUUAAAGAAUUCUGGUCAUGGAGGUUAAGAAACUCACCAGAAUUUGCAACAUCUAUCGGUGUCCACGAUCACGACGAUAGACUUGAUGAAAUGUCCCUAAAUUCGUAUUACCGAAGAAAGGAAGAAGCACAAAGAUUUCUAGAGCAGGUAGAAGAAUUAAUUUCCGUAUUAUCGACUGCAGAACAUUAUCCGAAACUAAAGCUAAACAUGGAUCUACUUAGGGCUGAUUUAAAUCAAUACCUUCAGGGUUUGAGAUAUCGACCAUACUUAUGGCCUCUCAAUAGACUAGAAGGGCCCCAGCUUGACUUUCCGAGAUUGCUUUCAUGGAUGAAAACAGACACUGUUUUGGAUUAUGAAAAAAUAAUCACCAGAAUGCAGCUAUUUUCCCAACAAAUUGACGAAACCUUGUUUUUACUAAAAGAAGGGAUUCGGACAAAACAUGUUAUGCAUCGGAUAUCUGUGGAACCACUUCCAGAGCAAUUAAGAAAAAUGGCCGAACAACCUGUCACUGAUUCGCCACUGUGGAAACCAUUCAAGGAAAAGCCAAGUCAGAUAGAGGAACCAGUUUGGUCAAAAUUGACUAAGGAGGCAAGAAAUGUCAUCAAGACGAGUAUUUAUACAAGUUACAAAUUGUUAUCAAAUUUUAUUGCAACAGAAUACUUGAAUAACACAAGACCUGAAAUUGGAGCUUCUAGCUUACCAAAUGGUAUAGAGUAUUACAAAGCAUGCCUAAAGUUUCACACUACUACGGAUUACACGCCUCAAGAAGUUCACGAUAUUGGGAAGAAAGAAGUAGCAAGAAUCACAGGACGAAUGGAGCAAAUUAAAAACGAUGUUGGAUUUAAGGGUAGUCUUGAAGAGUUUCGAUCAUACCUAAGAACGGAGAAAAAGUUCAAAUUUACCGAUGCUAAAGAAAUUGUUUCGCAUUACCAAAAUAUAUCUAAGAUGAUUAAGGCUAAAUUACCCGAUUUUUUCCUAAAAUCGCCAGUUGCAGAAUUCACAAUAACACCAGUACCUGCUGAAGUUGCACCAACAUUUCCUGGGGCCUACUACUUAGCACCUCCGCAAGAUAACAGUCGUCCCGGCACGUUUUACAUUAACACCUACCAACCAGAAACCAGAAAUAAAUAUGAGGCAGUGUCUUUAUGUUUACACGAAGCGGAACCCGGACAUCAUUUUCAAACAGCACUAACAAUGGAGUCAGGAUCGCUUGUUUCAUUUCGACGGUUUAUGGAAGACCGAAAGUAUUACGAACCUCCAGGACGUUUUGCUAUGAACACGGCUUAUGUAGAAGGUUGGGGAUUAUACUCUGAAUAUCUUGGAGAAGAAAUGGGAUUGUAUUCCGAUCCUUAUGAUUUAUUUGGUCGUCUUUCGCACGAAAUGUUGCGUGCGUGUCGUUUAGUUGUUGAUACUGGAAUGCAUGCGCUUGGAUGGGAUCGCGAUAGAGCUAUCAACUAUAUGUUGGAGAAUACGGCGGCCGAUUUACACGAUAUCACUUCCGAGAUUGAUCGUUACAUUACGUGGCCUGGCCAGGCGUGUGGUUAUAAAAUUGGUGAAUUAAAAUUGAAAGCGUUAAGGAAAAGAGCUGAACAAGCAACCAAAGAUAAGUUUAAUCUUCGGGAGUUUCACGAUUUAAUUGCAUCAAUUGGAGGUAUGCCUCUGGAUAUCUUAGAGAAGGAAAUUGAAACUUAUAUCAAAGAACAUCUUUAAACAUUCUUUUUACUUGAUAGUCUUGUUACGAUUUUACCAUUGCAGAAUACAUAAUCCAGCUGUA